AAAUGGCUGAAGAGAGAGAGGAGAGGGAACACCUCACUCAAAGCAAAGAUGGCAUGGAAUCCACUUUACUUCCUUUUUCUGCUUUCCUCUUUACGUUUCCCUAAAUACAAAUACAUCAUCAUCGACUUGUUUUGCAUAACAUAGGCAUAUCCCACUUCUUCCCCUUCCGCGAGCCCUUUACUUCUUCUCCCAAUCCGAAAUCUUCUUUAGCCAGUUAAAUGGGAGCCACAAUGUGCUGUAUUACUAAGUCCAGCGAGAGAAAGAGCUUGGAUGGGAAGCUUGGAAAGAAAAUUGCUGAAAUAAGAAGAAAUAAAUUUGGACAGAGCAGAUUGAAAACCGUUGAUAGCAUAGUUAUGCUGUUCCCCAUGUUCCACGAGCGACUAAAAACUUUAAGAGGAAUGUUUGAGCAAUUUGAUGAGGACUCUAAUGGAUCCAUAGAGCCCAAUGAACUGAAAGGGUUCUUAGAUCAUCUGGAACUUCAUCUUCCAGAGCAGGAGAUUGAGAAUCUUUUUCAUUACUGUGAUAUAGAUGGAAGCAAGGGCAUACAGUUUAAUGAAUUCAUUGUUCUCCUAUGCCUCAUCCAUCUCCUAACAGAACCUUUAUCCUAUGAUACUUCACCAAAGGCAGAGUUAGCAAAGCUUGGAGAAGUUUUUAAUACCAUAGUUGAAGUUUUUCUGUUUUUUGAUAAAAAUGGUGAUGGGAAGCUUAACCAGAAGGACAUGAUCAGAACACUGAAUGAGACUAACCCCCGGGAAAGAUCCCCAGCGCGCAUCACUAAAGAUCGAUUUAGAGAAAUGGACUGGGACAAGAAUGGGCAAGUCACAUUCAGGGAGUUUCUCUUUGGUUUCAUUAAUUGGGUCGGGAUUGAUGUUGAUGAAUAGAUGCAUGAACUGAAGUCAUAUUGCGGCGGGUGCACACAAUUCCUAAUCUUACCAAUCUCAUUAGUUCUUUGUGGUUGUACUCUCCAUUGAGUCUUAUGUCAGCUAAUUCCUCCAAUGGUCUUUUUCUCAUUUCAAAUUCAUGAACCGUCUUCACCAAAAGCA